CGGCUCCCGGGGGCUUCGAGUUUUGGCUCCCGGGAAAGGGUCCAUUCCUCGGGGAGAGAGGGCUGAGUUUUGUGCGCCUCCGUCCGCUGCGCGCGCCGCUCCAGGCCCCGCCGCGCCCCGCCUGCGCCCGGGACUGCGCCGCGGCACUCACUGCCCCGUUUAUUUGUCUUUGGAGCAGGCGGGCCGCGCCAGAAGCGGACGAUCCCGCAGUGUCCUGCAGCCGCGGACGCCGCCCGGCUAGGAUGACACCACGUUGAGCGCGCCUGCAAACAACAACAACAACAGCCAGCGCCGCGGCCGCGCGUCCUGUUUCUCCCGCUUCUCCGGGGCGCCGCGCCGCCACCGGUGUCGCCGCCCCCGCGCCCCCCGGCCGUCCGGAGCGCCCGGCCGCCGGUGUAUGUCGUGCCUGCCCGGGACGGGCUGAAGCCGGCGGCGGGCCGGACCGCAGGCGCCGAGCAGGGCCAGCGCGGCCAGGGCAGACGCCUGCCGCCGAGCCCCGAGCGCCGCUGCUCGCGGAAGCGCUGUCGGCCGGGCGCUGCGGCCGCCGCCAGCAGUUUUCAUGUUUGGGAUUCAGGAGAAUAUUCCGCGCGGGGGGACGACCAUGAAGGAGGAGCCGCUGGGCAGCGGCAUGAACCCGGUGCGCUCGUGGAUGCACACGGCGGGGGUGGUGGACGCCAACACGGCCGCCCAGAGCGGCGUGGGGCUGGCGCGGGCGCACUUCGAGAAGCAGCCGCCCUCCAACCUCCGGAAAUCCAAUUUCUUCCACUUCGUGCUGGCGCUCUACGACAGGCAGGGGCAGCCGGUGGAGAUCGAAAGGACCGCUUUUGUGGACUUUGUGGAGAAAGAGAAAGAGCCCAACAACGAGAAAACCAACAACGGCAUCCACUAUAAACUCCAGCUGUUGUACAGCAAUGGAGUGAGAACGGAGCAGGAUCUGUAUGUUCGCCUCAUAGAUUCCAUGACCAAACAGGCCAUCGUCUAUGAGGGCCAGGACAAGAACCCGGAGAUGUGCCGUGUGCUGCUGACCCACGAGAUCAUGUGCAGCCGGUGCUGUGACAAGAAAAGUUGUGGCAAUAGAAACGAGACGCCCUCAGACCCCGUAAUCAUUGACAGAUUCUUUCUAAAGUUUUUCCUCAAGUGCAAUCAGAACUGUUUGAAGAAUGCAGGCAACCCUCGAGAUAUGCGGAGAUUCCAGGUUGUUGUGUCUACCACAGUCAACGUGGACGGCCACGUGCUGGCCGUGUCCGACAACAUGUUUGUGCACAACAACUCCAAACACGGGCGGCGGGCGCGCCGCCUCGACCCGUCAGAAGGUACGGCCCCUUCUUAUCUGGAAAAUGCCACUCCGUGCAUCAAGGCAAUCAGUCCCAGUGAAGGCUGGACCACGGGCGGCGCCACCGUGAUCAUCAUCGGGGACAACUUCUUUGACGGCCUACAGGUGGUGUUCGGGACGAUGCUGGUGUGGAGCGAGCUGAUAACGCCCCACGCCAUCCGCGUCCAGACCCCGCCGCGGCACAUUCCUGGCGUCGUCGAGGUCACCCUGUCCUACAAGUCCAAGCAGUUCUGUAAAGGCGCUCCAGGGCGGUUUGUCUACACCGCCCUUAACGAGCCGACCAUAGAUUACGGUUUUCAGCGGUUGCAGAAGGUGAUCCCGAGACAUCCGGGCGAUCCCGAAAGGUUACCCAAGGAAGUUUUGCUCAAGAGGGCGGCCGACCUGGUGGAAGCCUUAUACGGGAUGCCCCACAACAACCAGGAGAUCAUCCUGAAGCGGGCGGCGGACAUCGCGGAGGCGUUGUACAGCGUCCCUCGCAACCACAACCAGAUCCCCACGCUGGGCAACACCCCUGCGCACACGGGCAUGAUGGGCGUGAACUCCUUCAGCAGCCAGCUGGCCGUGAACGUGUCCGAGACAUCGCAAGCCAAUGACCAAGUCGGCUACAGUCGCAAUACAAGCAGCGUGUCCCCGCGAGGCUACGUCCCCAGCAGUACUCCCCAGCAGUCCAAUUACAACACAGUGAGCACUAGCAUGAAUGGAUAUGGAAGUGGCGCCAUGGCCAAUCUAGGGGUCCCUGGCUCGCCUGGAUUUCUUAAUGGCUCCUCCGCUAACUCUCCCUACGGCAUAGUGCCGUCCAGCCCCACCAUGGCAGCCUCUUCGGUCACCCUCCCUUCAAACUGUAGCAGUGCCCACGGCAUUUUCUCAUUCUCACCUGCCAAUGUCAUCUCUGCAGUGAAACAAAAGAGCGCCUUUGCGCCCGUGGUCCGGCCCCAAGCCUCUCCUCCUCCCUCCUGCACCAGCGCCAACGGGAACGGACUCCAAGGCUCUCUGCUGGGUGCUGAGGACGUCCCCGUGGAGAAGACUAACUGGCCCUUUUGUGAAGUCGGUGGCAUAUUUCACUUUGAUGAACUAAUGCUCAAAAAAGGACCUGGAAAGCUAUGUCUGGGCUGGUAGUCCCGCCGAUGUGAGGGACCUCUGUUUGCCUUCCGCAGCACCCAGCACCCCGGGACGGACUUCAGGGGACACGUUGAGUGUAUUGAGACAUGCUGGUGGAGACCGUAUCUUCAAAUACGUCAGCAGCAGUCGAAAUGCUACGAAAGACGUUGUUUAAAGAUUUUAUUUAAACUAUUGAGAGCCGACAGGCAGACAGCCUACUCCUUCAUGAACGAUUCCAUUGUACUGACUGAACUUUUCAUACAUUUUCACACGUCUCGGUCCCGAAGAACAAGGAGAACAAAGCGACGCUAUUUUGUAUAGAGUUUCCGACUCCGUCUUGGCUGUGUCUCGUACUUGCUAUGUGUUGGGAGAAACUUUGUGAAUGCACCAUUUUGAUGCUCAUGAAACAAACACUGAGGAAAAAUGCCUCCGGACAUUUUUCUGUACUCAUCCUUAGAGUCGCAAUGGUUGUGUAUCUCUAUAAUGUGAAAUAUUUUUUUGUGGUGAACCAAGGGGGCCAAGGAGGUGUGAGCCAUCGACCUGGAAGAGAGGAUGACUAUAUGAUUCGAGUUGGGGGUGGCAG